AUGCCGGGACGACAAGCACACGGCCGGCCUCUGGUCUCCGCCCCCAAGGCCAGGGCUCCGAACAAAAAGUCCAAAGCCAGGGCGCAGAAGAAUGCGCUGGACGCCUUUGGCAUCGCCCAGGAGCGGUUCCCGACCAAGCACAAGAAGACGCCCAGGGCGCGGGAGCUCGAUGCAGAAAUUGAGCGGAAGCACGCGCGCGACGAGGACGAGGACGAAGAGGAUGAAGAUGAGGAGGAGAUGCCCAAGCGGAAAAAGGCAAAGGCUGUCUCUCGCCCCGACGACGACGACGAUGCCGAGUACGGCAGCGACAGCGAGGGCAACGAGUGGCGCCUAGGCGGGCUGCGAGAGGACGACGAGGACUCUGAAAUCGAAAGCGACGACGCUUUUGGUGACAGCGACAACGAGAAAUUCGAGGAAUACUCGUUUCGAGGAUCCAAGUCAAAGAAGGCCGAGGAUGAUGACUCGGAGGACGAUUCGGAAGACGAUGAGGGCCAAACCCUUGGAGCAGACGCGAUUGACCUUGCCACGGCAUUGGACCAAUUCGAGGAAGAAUCCGAAGACGAACCCGAGGCUGACGAUGAAUCCGGCUCCGGAGACUCCGACGAAGAGUCUGACGGAUCCUCUGAGGAAGAAUCUUCUGAAGACGAGGAAGACGAUGAGGCCGACCCCGAAAAGCUGGAAGCACUUCAGGGCCUGGUUUCUGACUACGGCGGGGCGCGAAACGAUGAGGACCAGCCGACGUCCAAGCCCAAGAUCAACCUCAGCGAUCUGGGGUUGACAGGCCUCGACGAUGCGUUCAUGAAAAAGUCCGUCAAGCUCAUGAACAAAGAGGAGAAGGAGAAGCGGCCCGGUGCGACCAAGCGCUUGGACGUGCCGCUGUCAAGACGGGAGCAAGGCCGUCUCGAUCGAGCUGCCGCGUACGAAAAGACCAACGAGACCUUGGACCGUUGGACAGAGACAGUCAAGCAAAAUCGCCGAGCAGAGCAUCUGAUCUUUCCGCUGCCGCAAAACUCAGACACCGCAGGACUGGAUACAACAGAGAUACAGCCCCUCACGGCCAAGCACGCCAACAACGAGCUCGAAUCCACCAUCAUGUCCAUCAUGGAGCAAAGCGGCCUCUCCAUGGAGAAGAAGCCGAAGCCGAAGCCGCAGGAAUUCGACGAAGAGGGGAACCUGCUGUCAAGGAAGGAGGCGUUGGCAAAGAAGCGCCAUGAGCGUGACCUUGCCGAUCGGGAGGCCAAGCGCGCCAAGCGCAUCAAGAAGAUCAAGAGCAAGGCGUAUCAUCGCGUGCACCGGAAGCAAAAGGAGCGCGACGAGAUGGCUGAGCGAAAGGCCAACGAAGAGGCCGGCGAGAUCGACUCCGAGGCGGAGCGCGAGGCACAGGACCGACGCCGAGCUCUGGAGCGGGUUGGCCAGCGCCACAAGGAGAGCAAAUGGGCCAAGAUGGGCGCUAGGACUAAGCGGGCGGUGUGGGAUGACGACUUCAGGGCCGGCCUGACGGAGAUGGCUCGCAAGGAUGAGGAGCUUCGGCGGCGCAAGGAAGGUCGGAGAGGUGGCGUGGACGACUCCGACUCGGACGCAACGAGCAGCUCGGGCGACGACGAUGACGAGGUCCUUCGUCGACAGCUCGAUGAGCUGCAAGACGAAGACGAUACACCGCAAACCGGAAUCAUGGGCCUCAAGUUCAUGCAAAAAGCCGAGGCUGCAAAGAAGAAGGCCAACGACGACCUGAUCAAGAAGAUCCGGCGCGAGCUAGAUGGGGACGACGCUGUCGAGUCGGAAGAGGAGGAGACGGGCGAGGUCGGCAGACGGAGCUACGGCACGGGCAAGGCGAACGCCUUUGAAGCCGCCAUCGACACAACCAAGCGAAGUGGCCGGAGAGAACGUGCUGCAAAGGACCCCAACGAGAGCGACGGGGAUGUUGUGAUAACGACAAACGGCUCUUCGAACGCAGCCUGGAGCCAGCCCGCCCACACGCCUGUCGAGAUGGCCGCGUCCAACCCCAAUGCGUGGACACAGGGCGAGACGCGCCGCAAGAAGAAGGGCACCACCACCUCCAGCUCGCGGGCGGAGGGCCUCGACUUCGACACCACCGUCCAGAACGCCGCCCGGCCGUCCAAGCCGAAGCCCCGCCGGCCCGCCCAAAACAACAACGACGACGACACGAGCGCGUCCGAGUCGGAGACGGAGCAGCACCUGCCGCUGGCGAUCCGCGACCAGGAUCUCCUGGCGCGCACGUUCGCCGGCGACGAGGUCGUGGCCGAGUUUGAGCGCGAAAAGGCCGAGAUCGCCGAGGCCGACGACGACAAGGUCAUUGACAACACGCUCCCCGGCUGGGGCUCGUGGGUGGGCGACGGCGUCAGCAACAAGGAGAAGAAGCGCCACCAGGGCCGCUUCCUGACCAAGGUCGAGGGCAUCAAGAAGAAGGACCGGCAGGACGCCAAGCUGGAGAGGGUCAUUGUCAACGAGAAGCGCGUCAAGAAGAACGACCGGUACCUCGCCUCGCAGCUCCCCCACCCCUUCGAGUCGCGCCAGCAGUACGAGCGCUCCCUCCGCCUGCCCGUCGGCCCCGAGUGGUCCACCAAGGAGACCUUCCAGGACGGCACCAAGCCGCGCGUGCUCAUGAAGCAGGGCAUCAUCGCGCCCAUGUCCAAGCCCACGGCAUAA